UUACUUGUCUAACACUCCUUUAUCUAGAGACCACCAUGGGACAGACCAUCACCACCCCAUUAAGCCUAACCACGGACCACUGGUCCGAUGUUAAGGCCCGAGGAAACAAUGAAGGUGUCAUUGUUAAAAAGAAAAAAUGGAUCACCCUCUGCGAGGCCGAAUGGGUCAUGAUGAAUAUUGGCUGGCCGCGAGAGGGAUCCUUUAACCUCUCUCUUAUUUCACAGGUGGAGGGCAAGGUUUUUGCCCCUAGUCCUAACGGACACCCCGAUCAGGCCCCAUACAUCGCCAUCUGGAGAUCUCUGGUCGAAAAUCCAUUUUCAUGGGUCAAGCCUGCUGGACCCACUCGGCGACCCGGCGGAGCGACAGUGGCUCCCGCCGCCGCAGGGGUGGCUCCUGCAGCCGCAGGGGUGGCUCCCGCCGCCGCGGUGGAGGCGGCGGCCGCAUUAGCGGCCGCCAUCCGGCCAGAAGGGCUGAACCAACAACUACAAUACUGGCCCUUCUCUGCUUCAGACCUUUAUAACUGGAAACAACAUAACCCCCCUUUUUCCAGGGACCCCGUUGCUUUAACUAACCUAAUUGAAUCCAUCCUAGUGACUCACAGGCCAACUUGGGACGAUUGUCAGCAGCUCCUGCAGACCCUCUUGACAGUGGAGGAAAAGCAGAGAGUUUUCCUGGAGGCCCGGAAACAGGUUCCGGGCGAUGACGGGAGGCCCACCCAACUCCCGAACAUCAUCGAUGCGGCUUUUCCCUUGACUCGCCCUAACUGGGAUUUCAAUACGCCUGAAGGUAGGGAGCAUCUACGCCUCUAUCGCCAGUUGCUCUUAGCGGGUCUCCGAGCGGCCGCUAGAAGGCCUACUAAUUUGGCUCAGGUUAGAAAUGUAAUACAGGGAAAGGAAGAGACACCCGCUGCAUUUCUAGAAAGAUUGAAGGAAGCUUAUAGGAUGUAUACUCCGUAUGAUCCGGAAGACCCAGGUCAGGCUCCAGGUAUUAUCCUAUCAUUUAUCUAUCAGUCUAGCUCAGAUAUCAGAACUAAACUGCAGCGGUUGGAGGGUCUACAGGCGUUAGGGUUGCCAGACCUAGUGAAGGAAGCAGAGAAAGUAUUUAAUAAGAGAGAAACUCCUGAAGAGCGAGAGGAAAAGAGAUGGCAGAAACAAGAGGAAAGGGAUAGGAAACAGCAUAGAGAGAUAAAGAGAGUUUUGGCCGCCGUUGUAUCCCAGGGACAGCGGAGAGAGGGAGAUAGGCCGGGAGGACGAAGGAGGCCACCCCUAGAUAAAGAUCAAUGUGCUUACUGCAAGGAGAAGGGACACUGGGCCCGGGAAUGUCCCAAGAAGCCACAAGGACCCCACCGGCCCAAGCCCAAGACUGCGGACCUCCUUAGUCUGGAGGACUAGGGGGGUCGAGGCCAGGAGCCCCCCCCUGAGCCUAGGAUAACCCUCAAGAUCGGGGGGCAGCCCGUGACCUUCCUGGUUGAUACUGGUGCCGAACAUUCAGUCCUAACCCAUGCCGGAGUGCCCCUUAGCCGGCAGUCUGCACUGGUACAAGGGGCAACUGGAAACAGGAGAUAUUACUGGACUACCGAGAGAAAAGUUCAACUGGCUUCAGGGCAAGUAACCCAUUCCUUUCUGCACAUACCUGAAUGCCCCCAUCCGCUGUUAGGACGGGAUCUAUUAACCAAGCUAAAAGCACAAAUCUAUUUUGAUGAAGAGGGACCAAGGGUCACGGGUCCUAGAGGGGGCCCUCUACAAAUCCUGGCCCUCAAUCUAGAAGAAGAAUACCGUCUGUUUGAGUCAGAACCCUCGAAAAAGGCCCCUGAGGAAUUACAGAACUGGUUAGAAGAGUUUCCUCGAGCCUGGGCAGAGACUGGGGGUCUGGGGUUGGCACGCGAUCAGCCACCGCUGAUGAUCUCAUUAAAGGCCUCCGCCACUCCCGUCUCAAUCAGACAAUACCCAAUGUCACGGGAAGCCCAUGAGGGAAUUAAACCCCAUAUCCGGAGGCUCCUGGACCAAGGGGUACUAAAGCCCUGUCAGUCCCCAUGGAAUACCCCUCUUUUGCCCGUAAAGAAACCGGGGACAGGGGACUACAGGCCAGUCCAGGAUUUGAGAGAGGUCAAUAAGCGGGUGGAGGACAUACACCCCACGGUGCCCAACCCUUACAACCUCCUGAGUACCCUCCCACCGACGCACGUCUGGUACACGGUAUUAGACCUGAAAGAUGCCUUCUUCUGCUUGAGACUGCACCCUAAAAGCCAACUACUGUUUGCCUUUGAAUGGAGAGACCCAGAACAGGGACUCUCGGGACAGCUGACCUGGACACGGCUCCCUUAAGGCUUCAAAAAUAGCCCAACCCUCUUUGAUGAGGCCCUGCAUGCAGAUCUGGCCGGGUUCCGGGUCGAGCAUCCAACCCUGACCGUGCUCCAGUACGUAGACGACUUACUUCUGGCCGCCAGGAGUCGGGCCGAGUGCCUAGAGGGCACUCGGGCUUUACUGGCCAGGCUUGGACAGAAGGGCUACAGGGCCUCGGCCAGAAAGGCACAAAUUUGCCGAGACAAGGUCACGUACCUGGGCUAUACCCUGACUGGGGGACAGAGAUGGCUGACGGAGGCCAGGAAAGAGACAAUACUCUCCAUUCCCCCUCCUCGCAGCCCCCGCCAGGUUCGGGAAUUCCUGGGUACGGCUGGGUACUGUCGCUUAUGGAUCCCCGGGUUCGCUGAAUUGGCCGCCCCCCUAUAUCCCCUCACAAAACCAGGGGUAAUGUUCCAAUGGGGAGAGAAGCAGCAGGAAGCAUUCCAACAGAUCAAGAAGGCCUUACUUGAGGCCCCGGCUCUGGGUUUGCCAGAUCUUACCAAACCCUUUGAACUGUUUAUAGAUGAGAACUCGGGCUUUGCUAAAGGGGUGCUGGUGCAAAGACUGGGACUCUGGAGGAGACCUGUGGCAUACUUGUCCAAGAAAUUGGACCCUGUGGCCAUAGGAUGGCCUCCCUGCCUCCGCAUGGUGGCAGCCAUUGCAGUUCUACUCAAGGAUGCCGGGAAACUGACCCUGGGUCAGCCCCUGACUGUACUGGCCUCCCAUGCCGUGGAGGCCUUGGUCCGACAACCACCAGACAGAUGGCUUUCCAACGCCAGGAUGACUUAUUAUCAGGCCUUACUCUUGGACUCAGACCGGGUCACGUUCGGACCCGUUGUCUCCCUUAACCCUGCCACCUUGCUGCCGCUGCCUAGCCCAUCCAUAGAGCAUGAUUGCCUCCAGAUUUUAGCCGAGGCGCAUGGCACUCGCCCUGACCUAACAGAUCAGCCGCUCAAGAACCCAGAUGUCGUCUGGUACACAGAUGGGAGCAGCUACCUGGACGGAGGAGAACGCAGGGCCGGGGCAGCUGUUACCACCGAGUCCGAAGUGGUAUGGGCCUCGGCCCUCCCGCCUGGGACUUCGGCUCAGCGGGCGGAACUGAUCGCCCUCACCCAGGCCCUUCGGAUGGCAGAAGGUAAGAAACUCAUCGUGUAUACAGAUAGCAGAUACGCCUUCGCCACUGCACAUGUCCAUGGUGAAAUCUACCGACGGAGGGGCCUGCUCACAUCCGCAGGUAAAGAGAUCAAGAACAAAAAGGAAAUCCUGGACCUCCUGCGGGCCCUGUUUCUCCCGCUCCAGCUCAGUAUUGUCCACUGCCCGGGGCACCAAAAAGACAACUCCAAGAUAGCCAAGGGGAACCGGCUGGCGGAUUUGACUGCCCGGACAGUGGCCUCCCAGCCAAUAGGGAAUAGCCAGUUAAUGGCUAUACAGGACACUCCAGAACCUCCUCCACCCGGGAGAGAGCCCAUGCCCUACAGCCCCGAAGACCAUGAGCUAGCAAAGAAAAUGGGGGCGGACUGGGACCCACAGAGACAAGCCUACCUACUGGGGAACCGGAUAGUGAUGCCCACCUCUCACACCCACCAUAUGUUACAAUUCCUCCAUGCCCUAACUCAUCUAAGUGAGACAAAAAUAAAGACCCUGAUAGACAGAGAAAACACCGGGACAAUUCUGCUAAACCAGAAUCGGGUGCUCCGACGGGUGGCCUCUACCUGCCCCGCAUGUGCCCAGGUCAAUGCAGGUAAAGCACAUCUAGCCAAAGGAGCCCGUUUGAGGGGCCACCGUCCCGGUGUGCAUUGGGAGAUAGACUUUACAGAAGUAAAACCCGGACUCUAUGGGUACCGGUACCUCCUGGUCUUUGUGGACACCUUUUCAGGAUGGAUUGAGGCAUUUCCAACCAAGAAUGAGACGGCUAAUAUAGUCACAAAGAAACUGUUGGAGGAAAUCUUCCCAAGGUAUGGGAUGCCUCAGAUAUUGGGGUCAGACAAUGGGCCUGCCUUCGUCUCCCAGGUAAGUCAGAAGGUGGCCAAACUGUUGGGGAUGGACUGGAGACUCCAUUGCGCAUACCGCCCCCAGAGUUCAGGACAGGUAGAGCGAGCUAAUAGGACAAUCAAGGAGACUUUAACCAAAUUAACGCUUGCAACUGGCACUAGAGAUUGGGUGCUCCUACUCCCCUUGGCUCUUUACCGAGCCCGGAAUACUCCUGGGCCGCACGGCCUAACCCCUUUUGAAAUUCUCUAUGGGGCCCCACCUCCAGUCGUGAAAUUUCUCCAUCCUGAUAUCUCAUCUUUUGCUACCAGCCCCACUUUAGGGGCACAUCUACAGGCCCUCCAGCUGGUGCAGAAGGAGAUCUGGAAACCCUUGGCUAAAGCCUACCGAGAGCAGCUGGACAAGCCGGUCCCCCACCCUUUCCAGAUUGGGGACUCCGUUUGGGUUCGGCGCCACCAGACUUCGAGUCUAGAGCCACGGUGGAAGGGGCCUUAUACUGUCUUGCUGACCACCCCCACUGCACUCAAGGUUGACGGGAUUGCUGCAUGGAUCCACGCCUCUCAUGUGAAGGCUGCCGGGGAGGCCGACUCAGCAGGAUCCAGAGAAUCAACAUGGACAGGGAUUAGGGCGGCAGAGAGCCCGCACCUAGUCAAGAAACUCACUUGGCAGGUCAUCUCACAAACUGGGGAGACGGCCUGGCAGACGACCGCCCUCCAUACCCCCUUUACAUGGUGGCCCCCCCUAACUCCUGAUUUCUGUCAGUUGGCAUUGAAUUCGGGAUUUUGGGGGGUUGAGGGCAUUAAGCCUGAUGCCUUAAACUCCUCCAUCCACCCGGGGGGGGUGCAUUGGCCGGAUCCGGGAUGCCGUCACCCUCAAGCAAGAUGUAUAUUCGCCCAGUCGGACUUUUAUGUUUGUCCGGGGGAUGGGAGGGGUUGGGCCCUCGCAAAGAAAUGCGGGGGGGAAGGAGAUUUCUUCUGUGCCAAAUGGGGCUGCGAGACCACUGGCGCAGCAUACUGGAGUCCAAGCUCAAGCUGGGACCUGAUCCAGACCAAUAGAGGUUUCAGGAAGGUUACAGGCAAAUGGCCUUGCUCAGAUGGGUCCCCCGAGGUCAGCCGAUUCAAGCCUGGGCUUUCACUCCCCCUAAAUAUAACUUUCACUGGCCCGGGGAAGGCUGAUAGAAACUGGCAACGGGGGCACACUUGGGGACUCAGGUUAUAUGAAUACGGGUAUGAUCGGGGCGUAAGGUUCACUAUCAGACUUAAGAUUGAGGAGGCCUCCGCCCCCAUGGGCCCCAAUCAGGUUCUCUCUGACCAGAAGCGCCCCUCCUCACCUAUUCCAGCACCCCCGAAGAUUACCCCUCGACCCGGUUUGACUACUAGUCCAGGUAUAACUCCAGCCACUACCAAGCCACCCCGACCAGGAACCGGAGAUCGGCUCUUGGGUCUGCUAGCAGGGGCUUACCAGGCCUUAAACUUAACCUACCCAAAUAGAACGCAAGAAUGUUGGCUAUGUCUGGUUUCCCAACCUCCCUACUACGAGGGGAUAGCAACCCAGGGUAAUUAUAUUAACGCCCACAGUCCCCCUCCAAGCCAAUGUCUAGGGACAGCCCAACAUAAGCUCACAAUCUCAGAGGUGUCAGGACGAGGACUAUGUCUAGGGAGCAUCCCCCGCACCCACCAACACCUGUGUAACCGCAUCCUGUCUGUAAGCGAUGUCUCUGGUUAUGUCACCGGCCCUAAUGGUACCUAUUGGGCAUGUAAUACUGGGCUCACCCCCUGCGUUUCAGUCUCGGCCCUCAAUGCUACCUCUGAUUUUUGUGUGCUCAUCGAGUUGUACCCAAGGAUAGUUUACCAUAACCCAGAGGAGAUUUACUCACACUUCGAACUGGGAAGGGACCUCCAUCGAUAUAAAAGAGAACCGGUGUCCCUAACCCUGGCAGUAUUACUAGGAGGGCUGACUAUGGGAGGGAUAGCGGCCGGAGUAGGGACCGGUACCACAGCCCUGCUGGAAACCCAGCAAUUUAGGCAGCUCCAAAUGGCCAUGAAUCAAGACUUACAGGCCUUGGAGGAGUCAAUAAGUGCUCUAGAAAAAUCCUUAACUUCCCUUUCUGAAGUAGUACUACAAAAUAGAAGAGGCCUAGACAUUCUGUUUUUACAGGAAGGGGGAUUAUGCGCCGCCCUCAAGGAAGAAUGCUGCUUCUAUGCCGACCACACUGGGGUGGUACGAGAUAGUAUGGCGAAAUUAAGAAAAAGACUAGAACAGAGACAAAAAUUCUUUGAAGAGCAACAGGGAUGGUUUGAAGGAUGGUUCAGAAGGUCCCCCUGGCUCACCACCCUCAUUUCCACCCUACUGGGACCCCUUCUGAUCCUAUUAUUCCUCCUGACGUUUGGGCCCUGUAUCAUAAAUAGACUUGUCCAAUUUAUCAGGGAACGCAUCUCUAUUGUUCAGACUUUGGUAUUAACCCAGCAAUAUCAAAGGCUCAACCAGACGGAGCCCGAGUCGCGUCACCAAUCUUCCCCAUGA